AGGCGCAAAAAGGAUCAGACCUUGACAGAGCUUUGUUGCAGCCCAAAGAACAAUGAUCACGCCUCAGUUUCUUCUGUUGCAGUUCUUCCUUAGUUGUUUAAUAGCGGCAGAGGAGAAUGAGAAAAUUAAUUUAUUCCGAGAUGAAGAAGACUUUCAUUACGAACCAAUUGGUUGUUUUGGGGACAAAUUGGACGUACCAAGGCCACUACCCCUUCUAGUCAGGAAUUAUCGCUCCAGGCCCUAUCGAGUUGAUUGGAAUAACAUUAAUAACACGAUACAAGCCUGUGCCAAAGAAGUAAAAAAGGCCGGCUAUGUGUACUUUGGUCUUCAGUUCUACGGUGAAUGCUGGAGUGGACCACAUGCACAUUUGACUUAUGACGAGGAUGGAAAGUCGACCCGAUGUGUAAAUGGUGUUGGAAAGCGAAUGGCUAAUUUUGUGUACCGGCUCGUUUUUAAAGAAUGUAAAGAAUACCGAAUUCUCCAAGCACCAGACCGGUCGAUUCAUCACCCUUACACCCCUUCUGCUCCGUGCGAUUUCAAUCUCAAGCCUUCGUGGUAUCGAUUCGAAGGCCGUGCGGGCACGGCUAUGGCCAACAGUUGCCCCAGUAGGUUCAAAUGCGGGACCAUCGUACCUGGAUGGCUAAACGGGCCACUUCCUUCCGUUCAAGAUGGAAUUGUGUCUCGAGAAAUUUGCUUUAACCAAGACAGAGACUGCUGUUUCACGUCCACCCAAGCUAAAGUUCGUAAUUGCGCAGGAUUUUACGUCUUCUAUCUUCGAUCGGCGCCAUAUUGUCAGUUGAGAUACUGUGGCAACGGAAGAAUAGUUUGCUGUCAGCUGACAAGUUACCCACGACCCACACCGACAUUUAACACCUGUCACCGUCUCUACGUUACCCUCAAGCCACGAUUUAAAGAAAGUAAAUCCCGCUACAAGGAAGAAAAUAUGAAUUUACUAGUCUUAUGCUCUGUAUUUCUCCUGUACUUUGGAUAUUACACACGCUGUGCAGAUGCAUCUCAAUAUGUCAAGGUUGGCUGUUUUAGGGACAAGUUGAGUCCAAGAGCUAGAGCUCUUCCCGAACUAUUAGCAAAUUAUCGAGGAAAUAUCAAUUGGAACAAUCUGAUGGAAGUGGUUGAGAAAUGUGCAAAGAAAGCGAAAGAAAAGAAUUACAUGUAUUUCGCAAUUCAAUUCUACGGGGAGUGUUGGAGUGGUGCCACCGCUCCUAAGACAUACGACCGCUAUGGAAGAUCUUCUCCGUGUACGUCUAAAUCUGUAGUUGGUACAGCACUCACCAAUGUCGUCUACAGAUUUGCAGGAGAUGAACAAGAGUGCGUCAAAUACGAGGAACUAAACAAAGUUGAUCGCUCGGAGUCAUCACGCCUAAUCAGUGGAACUUCUCCUGCCUGCGAUAAGGAACUCAAGCCUGGGUGGUACCGUUUCCAAAAACCCGCUGGGAAUCUAAUGGCUUCUAAGUGUCUUCCGUCGGCGAGAUGUGGAACAGUGGUUACGGGAUGGCUGAGCUCCCCACAUCCAAAAAUGACUGAUGGCAUUGUUAAUGGGAAAGUAUGCUACAGUUGGAAAUCAGACUGCUGUAAAUGGGAUCAAGACAUCAAGCUUAGAAACUGCGGUAGAUUCUAUGUCUAUAAAUUAGCGGGUACACAGGCUUGUCCCAUGGGCUUUUGUGGAAGUGCAGCAUCGGACGCAUCUCAAUUUGUCAAGGUUGGCUGUUUUAAGGACAAGAGGAGUCCAAGAGCAAGAGCUCUUCCAGAACUAAUAGCAAAUUAUCGAGGAAAUAUUGAUUGGAACAACACGAUGGAAGUGGUCGACAAAUGUGCUAAGAGAGCGAAAGAAAAGAAUUAUAUGUAUUUUGGUAUUCAGUUUUAUGGAGAAUGCUGGAGUGGUGCUACUGCCCCAUUAACGUAUGACCGCUACGGUCGGUCUCUACAUUGCACCUCUGAAGUCGGCGGCAUGCACGCUAAUCUAGUUUACAGAUUUGUAGGAGAAGAAAGCGAAUGCCUCCAAUAUUUGCAACUUAGUACAAGGGAUCGCUCCGUCGAGUCCGAUCCUCCUGCGGGUUUGGCAGCCAUUUGUGACAAUAGCCUCUCCCCACGAUGGUAUCGCUUCUUGCGUCCCGCUGGAGACAAAAUGGCUUCUAAAUGUGUUCCAACCCAAAAGUGCGGAACAGCAGUCACUGGUUGGUUAAGCUCCCCUCAUCCUGAAGUAAGUGACGGAAUUGUAAAUGGAAAAGUUUGCUUUCACUGGCUCAAUGAAUGCUGUUUCCGUGAUCAAGUCAUCAAGGUGCGAAACUGCGGCAGGUUUUUUGUGUAUAAGCUGAACAAGCCGGAAGGUUGCCCGAUGCGUUUUUGCGGGAGUAAUGUUGAGUAAUUCCGACUGCUGAUAAGAAGACUGAACAACAACGAUUAAACUUAAUCUUUACUAAUGUUUAGGCUAGUCAAUACUCAACAGCCUAAGGUUUCUAAAAUACUCAAUAAAUAAAACGAGAAAAAAA